CCCGGGCUGGCGGCGCCGCCGGGCCUGGAGGACCUGCAGGCCAUGGAUGAGCCGGGAAUGAGCCUCCUGGAUCAGUCCGUGAUCAAGAAAGUCCCCAUCCCCUCCAAAGCCAGCAGCCUUUCUGCCCUCUCCUUGGCCAAAGACAGCUUGGUUGGCGGCAUCACGAACCCCAGUGAGGUCUUCUGCUCCGUGCCAGGCCGGCUCUCUCUGCUCAGUUCAACAUCCAAGUACAAGGUGACAGUGGGAGAGGUCCAACGGCGACUCUCACCUCCCGAGUGUCUCAAUGCCUCCCUCCUGGGUGGAGUCCUUCGAAGGGCCAAGUCCAAGAAUGGAGGCCGGUGUCUGCGGGAACGGCUGGAGAAGAUUGGGCUCAACUUGCCAGCUGGCCGACGCAAGGCCGCCAAUGUGACGCUGCUGACUUCACUAGUAGAGGGAGAGGCCGUGCACUUGGCCCGAGACUUUGGCUAUGUUUGUGAGACCGAGUUCCCAGCCAAGGCAGCCGCCGAGUACCUGUGCCGACAGCAUGCUGACCCUGGGGAACUGCACAGCCGCAAGAGCAUGCUGCUGGCUGCCAAGCAGAUCUGCAAAGAGUUUGCAGACUUGAUGGCACAGGACCGUUCACCACUAGGCAACAGCCGCCCAGCACUCAUCCUGGAGCCUGGCGUGCAGAGCUGCCUGACACACUUUAGCCUCAUCACCCAUGGCUUUGGCGGGCCCGCCAUCUGUGCUGCCCUCACUGCUUUCCAGAACUACUUGUUGGAGGCACUCAAAGGGUUGGACAAGAUGUUUCUAAGCAGUGCGGGCAGUGGGCAUGGCGAUACCAAGGCUUCGGAGAAGGAUACCAAGCAUCGGAAGUAACUGCUUCCCCUGCCCCAUCCCUAAGGGGUCCCAAGGCCUGAAAUGAGGUCUCCACUCCCGGUUAGGGGGAGACUGAAAGGACUAAAAGUUGGAGUUGGAGUCAGGCCAGAAAGAGAAUAUUCCUCCAGAAACCCCCAAGUUAGGGGCCUGGGUUGGAGUACGGGGAAGUGGCCUCUGUAGUGGUUUGUUGAUAAGUUGAGGGCCCAGGCUUCUGCCUCACAUGUGCAAUUUUCUGACCCUUUAUUGCUGAGAAGGGCUUGGACAGGAAAUUGGCAUGGAAAAGCCUGCUUCUUGGCGCCAGUGCUACCCAUGAGGGUAAUGGGUGCUCCUAGGAACCAAGGCCUUGCUGUUUUUACUGAGUAGGAGAGAAAUUAACAAACCAGAGGUGCUACUGAGGAGUUGGUGCCCUUCAUCCCAGAAUCUCCCAUCCCCAGAAAAGAGGUGCUGGCAGGAGGCCCCAGUGGGCUCUUUGGACUUCUCCCACUCUUGGGAAGAAGUGGGCAGAAGGGGCCCUCAAAGAACAGAGAAGCACAAAUUGCAGAACUUGAAUCCAGGCUGCACUUCAGUCCUGUUGCUGUCUGCCCUAUUUAUUUAUGUUGUAAUUAAAUUUAAAGUUU